AUGGCAGGAGGACACGUCAAAUACCGACAUCUGUCACGAGAUAGCGCACAUCGAAAAGCACUGCUACGAAAUCUGGUCACAUCACUCAUCGAGCACGAAUCCAUAAACACAACAUGGCCCAAAGCAAAGGAAGCGCAGCGAUUAGCAGAAAAGCUGAUCACGCUAGGCAAGAGGAACACAGUAGCUAGCAGGCAGGGCGCUCAAGCAAUAUUAUUUGAGCCGCAUCGCCACCUGCCCAAAGUCUUCAACGAACUACGACACCGAUACGCAUCACGACCAGGCGGCUACACUCGCGUCCUCCGAACAGAACCUCUCAAAGAAGAUCAGGCACCUUCCGCGAUCCUCGAACUCGUGGAUGGACCGAAAGAUAUGCGGUUAGCAAUGACCGCGAAAAGCAUUGCGAACGCGAGACAGAAGGCAGAAGAGCAAGGCAGAGAUUUCCGGCUGAAUGAUAUGACGGCGCAUAAUGUGAAAAAGGUGACGAGAUUCAGAAAAGAUGGAAACAAGGAUUUGCAGGAUAUGGUGCAGAAGUUUGAGAGAUUGUAUAGGGAAGGUGAUGAGGGUGUGGAGGAGGUCAAGAAGAAGAGGGUGUAUCCUGAACCGGAGAAGUCGAGAUAA